CACGCCGAGAUAGGGGCGGAAGCGGUGGCGGCCGAGCGGAGCUCGCUGCGGCUCGCGGAGCGGAUCUUGUGCAGCCCCGGGCAGCGUGCGCCGACUGGCCGGCGCUCCCAGAACCAGGUGGGAGGGUGUUGUGGCUCUCACCUGGAGGUUGACAGCAUUGCGAACAGUUGGAGGGCAGCCUCGCCUGCAGUGGGAGACGCCUGCUAACAAACAACACAGAUUUUCUAACACAAUGGCAACAUCCCGAGGGAGGUCAAAGAAGAGAGCUGCCACGUUUGAUCUUUCUCCGGAUAGCCUGCCUUUGAGGAGCUCCGGGAGGCAGGCAAAGAAGAAAGCAACUGAGGUCACCGAUGAGGAUGAAGAUGGUGUGGCAGAGAAGAAGUACAGGAAAUGUGAAAAGGCAGGCUGCACGGCAGCGUGUCCUGUGUGCUUUGCCAGUGCUUCCGAGAGAUGUGCCAAAAAUGGCUACACGUCGAGAUGGUACCACCUUUCCUGUGGCGAGCAUUUCUGUAAUGAGUGCUUUGACCACUACUACAGAAGCCAUAAAGAUGGAUAUGACAAGUAUACUACAUGGAAAAAAAUAUGGACCAGCAAUGGCAAAACUGAACCAAGUCCCAAAGCUUUCAUGGCAGACCAGCAGCUUCCCUACUGGGUUCAGUGUACAAAACCCGAGUGCGGAAAGUGGCGGCAGCUUACCAAGGAAAUCCAGCUUACUCCACACAUGGCAAUGACUUACCGGUGUGGCAUGAAACCAAAUACUACUGCCAAGCCUGACACCCCAGAUCAUUGUUCCCUCCCCGAGGAUCUGCGAGUGUCGGAAGUUUCCAACCACUGGUGGUACUCCAUGCUCAUCCAGCCUCCUUUGCUUAAAGACAGUGUGGCCGCCCCCCUGCUCUCUGCCUACUACCCUGACUGUGUGGGCAUGAGCCCAUCCUGCACCAGCACAAACCGUGCCGUCACCACCACCAACAGUUCCAGCCCUGGAAAGAUGGAGCCCUCCAAGGCGGCCCCCUCUACGCCUGUUCCAGGCAUGAACCGGUAUUUCCAGCCAUUCUACCAGCCCAACGAGUGUGGCAAAGCCCUGUGCGUGAGGCCUGAUGUGAUGGAGCUAGAUGAACUCUACGAGUUUCCAGAGUACUCUCGAGACCCCACUAUGUACCUGGCUCUGAGGAACCUCAUUCUGGCCCUGUGGUACACAAACUGCAAAGAAGCUCUCACUCCUCAGAAGUGUAUUCCUCACAUCAUUGUCCGGGGGCUUGUGCGCAUCCGAUGUAUUCAGGAAGUGGAGAGGAUUCUGUAUUUUAUGACGAGGAAAGGUCUCAUUAACACCGGAGUUCUCACCGUGGGAGCUGACCAGUAUCUUCUUCCUAAAGAUUACCACAAUAAAUCAGUUAUUGUUAUUGGGGCUGGUCCAGCAGGCUUGGCAGCUGCCAGGCAACUCCAUAACUUUGGAAUUAAGGUGACUGUCCUGGAAGCCAAAGACCGAAUCGGAGGCCGAGUGUGGGAUGACAGGUCUUUCAAAGGCGUCAUAGUGGGGAGAGGACCCCAGAUAGUCAAUGGCUGUGUUAAUAACCCUGUAGCACUCAUGUGCGAGCAACUUGGCAUCAGCAUGCAUAAGUUUGGAGAAAGAUGUGACUUAAUUCAGGAAGGUGGACGAAUUACUGACCCCACUAUUGACAAGCGCAUGGAUUUUCAUUUUAAUGCUCUCUUGGAUGUUGUCUCUGAAUGGAGGAAGGAUAAGAGUCUGCUCCAAGACGUACCUUUAGGAGAGAAGAUAGAGGAGAUCUACAGAGCUUUCGUGAAGGAGUCUGGCAUCCAGUUCAGUGAGCUGGAGGGACAGGUGCUGCAGUUCCAUCUCAGUAACCUGGAAUAUGCCUGUGGCAGCAACCUGCACCAGGUGUCUGCUCGCUCCUGGGAUCACAAUGAAUUCUUUGCCCAGUUUGCUGGUGACCACACUCUUCUAACACCUGGGUACUCUGUCAUCAUUGAGAAACUGGCUGAAGGGUUAGACAUUCGGCUCAAAUCUCCAGUGCAAAGCAUUGAUUAUACUGGUGAUGAAGUGCAGGUGACCAUGACAGAUGGCACAGGACAUUCUGCGCAGAAGGUGUUAGUCACUGUACCCCUGGCCAUACUACAGAAAGGUGCUAUCCAGUUCACUCCACCAUUGUCAGAGAAGAAGAUGAAAGCCAUUAAUAGCUUGGGCGCAGGCAUCAUUGAGAAGGUUGCCUUGCAGUUUCCUUACAGAUUUUGGGACAGUAAAGUUCAAGGGGCUGACUUUUUUGGACAUGUUCCUCCCAGUGCCAGCCAGCGAGGGCUCUUUGCUGUUUACUAUGACAUGGAUCCCCAGAAGCAGCAGAGUGUGCUGAUGUCGGUCAUCACAGGGGAGGCUGUGGCGUCCCUCAGGACCCUGGAUGACAAGCAGGUGCUCCAGCAGUGCAUGGCCGUCCUCCGGGAGCUCUUCAAGGAGCAGGAAGUCCCAGAUCCCACAAAGUUCUUUGUCACUCGGUGGAGCACAGAGCCGUGGAUACAGAUGGCAUACAGCUUUGUGAAGACAUUUGGAAGUGGGGAGGCCUAUGACAUCAUUGCUGAAGAAAUACAAGGGACUGUCUAUUUUGCUGGUGAGGCAACAAACCGGCAUUUUCCACAAACUGUCACAGGAGCGUAUUUGAGUGGUGUCCGAGAAGCAAGCAAGAUUGCAGCCUUUUAAGUAGCUGGUCUGGACCUAGUCUCCUUCUGGGUCCCAAAUGGAAGCUGAAACAUGUUAAACCUCAGUAGUCAGAGGUCUCUUCCAGAAGUGACAAUGAAGUGCUUCUGUGGUGAUAUGAAAAUAUAAACCCAUUUUGCUAUCCUGAAAUCAGACCCUCAAUCAUUUUAGGCACUUAAUAGGAAAUUGUAUUUUUCCACGGGUCCAACUAGUGCUAAGUCUUGUGGAUCUCAGAAGUUGGCACAGUAGGACCUAAAAUUGAGACCUGGGCUAUGAUUCUUCCAGUUGGGGGUUCCCUUCAGAUUUGACAUUUUUGUUGACAGAUUACUUUUCAUACAUUGUAAAAUCAAGUCAACCAAGCAGGAAUCACUAUUAAGCCAUGUGUUUUUCUUUAACAAUUUAUCAGUACCUUUACCAAUGAGCCUUAAUAUUUUUACAUAGUUCCAAUAUUUGAGCUUCCUUAAAAUUUACAAUUCAUUCUUUUUUGAUACAAUUUGAAGGUGAUAUGAAGCUUCCAGGCUGUUUUAUACUACACAUCUUUCCAUUGGGUAUUCAAAAAACAAACUCAGAUUCAGGUAUAUUUUGUGAUAUUAGAUCUGUGCACUCUUUAGCAACGCAACACGGUGUAUGUAUAUGGGUCUUUAUACAACAUCAAGAAUGGGUGCAGAGUGGUUUUCACUGUAAAACAGACUGUAUCCUUAAAGCCAUUUUGGGGUGGGUAGCACACUUCAAAUUUGGAAAAAAGAUCUUGUCAGAAUAAAACCCCCUCCUUUCUGAAAUAACUAACUCUUACAGUCUCGUGUUUUGUGUAAUCAAGUUUGCAGUUUCCCAUAGGCAGGUCCACUGGAAACUGCAGAAAAUCUUUGUUGCUAUAUACAGCAUACUUCGUAAGCCACGUUAGAACCCAAGAACAUGGCAAAAUGUGCUUGUCCCACUUACACAGAGUGUUUACUGACAUUGGUUUCAGGGUCUUUAGGAUGCUUAUUCUGCCAAGAAACUUGAGUUGACAGGUUAGAAAUACGCUUUUGUUUUAAAAAGUCUUUAAACAGCUCCUUGAGUUAUACUGGUCUGCUUUUAAAUGGGGCUAUAAUGUACUUCAAAGCCACUUUUGGAAAUAUUAGGUAUUUUUUGAAAUUCAAAUUAGCUUAACAUAAACAUGCAAAGAACAUGCAAUGAGCUUAAGACAGGAUAGACAGUCCUUCCCAGCAAAGCCAGUAGCUUCAUUAUACACUGUGUUCAGAGGUUAUUUGUUGAGACUCAUUGGUACUGAUUAGGAAAGUAUUCUGCUUUAAAGUUGAAGUAUUAAGAUGUUUAUAUAGCAUGUGAUGAAUCCAAGUAUGUUUGAAAUGGUUCGCUGUAAGUUAGUUUCUAGGAAUCUAUGCUUGUACUACGCUACUAGGAGAAAUCCCACUCAGCGUAUAAAUGUGUAUUUGAUUUUACCUUCGUUUCAGGUGACACUUCGUUCUAUAAGGAACUGUGGUACUUCUGAGUUACUGUGUUUUUCAGCGUCUUAAGUUUUGUAAUUGAGCGCAGCAGUAAAUAUUUAGUGACUUAAAUGCACAUCAUGAAUAGCUGGUUGUGUAAAACUAAAUAAAAAUUAAGACUUUUCGAAUACUCGGUAUAAACAUUACUGCAGUACCAUCACAACUUUGUGCUACCUCAUUUCCUGUCCUCUAUACUUUUGGGUCUUAAGAAUUUACUUAUUCCCUUCCUAGUAAAUGACUGAAAUGUUAGCCUUAGUUUUGUGAAGUCAUUUUUAAGAUGGUCAGAUAAUACUGGAAAAUAUUUAUGGGACUAACUCCGUUUAAAAGUCCUCCCUCACCCCAUUGAAGGGAACAAAUACAAGAGACUUAAAACAAUUUUAUUUUUAUUGCCAAGGUUUAUAACAAAUGUUUCAAAGUCAAAGCCAAUUCUUGUUUAGUCACAUCCCAUUCCCUCUUAAGCAAACCUCUCCCUCCCUACCGUCUUAAUUGUAUAAAGCAAGUCAAUGUGGAAAAUACCUGUUAACACUUGAUUUUUUAAUGUUCUAAAAUACAAAGAUUAAACACUCAGUUGGUAUAUCAAAUAUGUAAUUUUGUCAAGCAGCAUGUAUAAAUUCAGAAAUAGGUAAUUAAACUUAGACAAAAUUUAGUUUAAAUUUCAGGGGUGGUCCCUAUGUUUAUCACCUAGAAU